GUAUAUGGAAGAAUGGAUUACACCUGUUACGGCUGUGCUGGAGGCCUAUGUGUUGAUCUCUUUCUUGGUCUUUCUGGUCAUGUUUCUGAUGUGUGUUCAUCGUCGUGGUUGUUUUCACAUCUGCCAUCGCAGACGCAGAAGAAGAAUCAUGCGGUAUCAACAACUACCAAGACGUCGCGUGUGGAUCGAAGAGCAAAUCGACAACAACAUACAUGAAGACUCGGAUGAAGACGUCAAUCACUACGAAGUCAACAGUAUCCAGUCCAGAUAUCCUGCCAAUGUGGAUACUGGGAAUGGCGAUCCUCGUGUGCAGGACAUCCAGAGGCUGGAGAGCGCUCUGAGGGUCGCUGGAAUGGCUUGA